CUAGCAAACAGCCGCAGCACAGCCGGGGGGAUAGGUUUCUUAAUGCUACACCUCUCAAGUGGAAGAAUUGGUUUCCAUAUCAGAUGCUAUCUCCAGUUACGUCUCCGGAGGCUGCGGACACCUGCCACUGACACAUUUUGACACCCAGCGCCAUUACUGUUUGUUUGUUUGUUUUUCUGUUAGCUAACGUUCAGUCAGUAUGCCGGGCACAGCAGGGAGAGGUGAUUUGCCACCGACCAAGGCAAUAACUGUCUACAGGAACGGAGACGCUUUCUUUCCCGGAAGAAAAAUAGUGGUAAAUUUGCGGCAUUUGACGACCUUUGACCAUCUGUUGACCUUCCUGACCAGACUGAUCGAGGCUCCUUUCGGCGCCGUCAGAAGGCUGUACACUCCCAGAGAGGGCCACAGGGUUCAGCACCUGGACGACCUGAAGCACGGGAGUGUGUAUGUUGCAGCCGGAAAUGAGCAGUUCAAAAGGCUGGACUAUUGUGCGAUAACAAACAAGAAGCCACAAACUAAGAAAAGAGAACAGAUCCGACCUGUUGUUCACAGCAGAAUACUAGUUUCUGCUCGCUGGAAGAGAACUGUGGAUGAGUCCUGCACAAUAAAUGUCUUGACCAAUGGAGAAAUCUUGGUUCCCCCAGCUCGAAUACGCAUCCCAAAGCAUACUCUCAGAAGCUGGGAAAAUGUUUUAGCCAUGGUGACAGAGAAAGUGCGACUGCGCACUGGUGCUGUGUUCAGGCUUUGCACGUUAGAUGGACGUCCUCUCUCCGGCCCCAGUGAACUGGAGAACAACCAGUACUACGUCGCAGUUGGUGCAGACAAGUUUAAAGAUCUCCCAUAUGAUCGCUGCAGGCCCUACAGGGAUUUAAUUAGGGAAAACAACAUCAUCAAAGGGUAUGACACCUGUGAUUUCAACCAAGACAUCCUGCCUGCUAUUAGAAAGACAAGACAUCCAAAGGAUGCGUUUGCUCACACAGGCUUUAGAGAGGACCUUGAGCACACAGCCAGGGGCCAGAUGAAGAAACAAGCCAAACCGGAGAGAACCAAACAACAGAGGCAGGUGUCCAGAAACCCAGUUCUCUUCUCGACAGGGGAGGGCAGCGUGUUCAAUGCGCAAAACAAAAGGAGUGAGAUGGCAGGAGCGGCGGAGGUGCAGGAAGACGGCCAGUUGAAGGUGGACCUGCCUAUUGAUCAGGUCGAGGCCAAGAUAGUUGACGAGGAGUACGAGGAUGGGAGUUGUUCUGCGAGUCCCUGCAAGGCCUCCCUCCAUGAUUCAGACAGUUUGUGUCUGCAGAGGUCUUUGUCUGCAGGUUCCAGGAAGGAUGAGGCUAAAGGCUGGGGUGUGUGUUCCAGGUUCCGCAGAAUGCGAUCACGGGUGUCCCAGUUUUUCAAGGGGAACAUGAAACCUUAACAUUCAUUGCUUUGUUCUGCAUGACAUCUUUCUGAAGUGGAUCCAGAUCUCGCAGUGAAAACACCGGGGCAAAGAACAUCGUCAAUAUGGCAUUCACAACGGCUGUUAUUUCCCCCAGGACGUGGAAUCACACAUUUGAAACAGUCCUCUGGGGAGAUAUUUAGACAACAGACCGAUCCAAACUGCUGGUAACUCAAACCUCGCUGUCACACCGCUGCCUUUAACAGACUUUAAAAAGGGAAAAAAGACAGAGAAAUAGGUCAAUAGAUGUAUCAGCUGCCACAAUCUGUGAUUUUAUUUGUCUUUUUUUGCACAAAAACAUGUAAAAAUAGACACAAGAACAAUAAAACUGAA